UCCUCCCUCGGGGGCAGUAACAAGCGGAGCCAAAAUGGCGGCUAGCCGCUACCGGCGUUUUCUUAAGCUCUGUGAGGAAUGGCCCGUCGACGAGACGAAACGGGGCCGGGACUUGGGCGCUUACCUGCGGAAGAGGGUAGCACAGGCCUUUCGGGAGGGAGAGAACACGCAGAUUGCAGAGCCUGAGGCCUGUGAUCAGAUGUACGAGAGUUUAGCAAGACUCCAUUCUAACUAUUACAAGCACAAGUACCCUCGCCCCAGAGACACGAGCUUCAGUGGCCUGUCCUUGCAAGAGUACAAGCUCAUCCUGUCCACAGACACCUUGGAAGAGUUAAAGGAAAUGAAUAAAGGCAUGUGGAAGAAGCUACAGGAGAAGUUUGCCCCCAAGAGUCCCGAAGAGAAGCCUAAGUCCUGGAUUCAGUCCUUAUCUCGCCCGCGUACAUAACUGUGUGGUCUUGUAUGUUGUCAUCCUAAAUAAAACCACCCUGGCUUCCCC